AUGGCCACCGUGGAGCACACGCAGCGCCAGUAUUCCAAUCGUUUCGAAAAGGUUGAAGCCGAGAUCGGUGAACUACGACGUGCUCUCGACCUCGAUCGUGCCGCAGCUCCUGCACCGAAGGCUGUCGACUCUUCAUUCAAUCGCAGAGUGGACCCGACGGUCAGUGUCGUUCGCAGCAAGCUUGCGAUCGCGCAGUUCAGGGCUGAAUCGGCUCUUGACGAAUGGCUGGCGCGCUGGAACAUCGACAGCUCAGACUACAGUUUCAAGGGCGACCCCACGGGCACCAGUGUCACGUUGCAGAUGCUUGGCGCCCCAGCGCAUGCAGUUCGAAAAGUACAGCAAUUUCUGGGGAACGCGCGGCUCCUGAACAACGAGUUCCGCCGCUUCCAGGGCAAGGGCGCCACGAAUGAGACAGUCGAGAUCUUCGUCGGCGCCGACACGGACCCAUCCAUGGUCAAGUCGACGGCCAACCUGGCGGCAGAGGGCAUCGACCGCGCGAGUGUCGAGCAGCGUGUCCUCGAG